UGCACAUUAUUCUCCAAGUCUCACUCAUUCAAUCCAAGCCAAUGGCCAGCCCUAGGCUCCCUUCCAUCAGGCUGUUAAGGGAGAUGAGACGGGGUCGUGUUUUGGUUGAUGACAUUUACACUGUGGAAAGUAAGAAAGAGAAGGAAGAAUGGGUGUUGGAAGGAGGUUAUGGUGGGUCUUGUUGGGUACCUCACCCUCGAACUGGAAUAUACUACCCCAAGGGCCACGAAAAGGUAAUGGAGGAUGUCCCUUAUGGAGCUUCCACUUUUGAAAAGACAUAUUGGCUUAGAAGCCAUGAAGGACUUGAUGAACCCUUUUAAGUUUUCACAUGUGGCAUGAUAUCCCAUUCUCUUGUCAAUAAUGCAGUAUUAACCCCUCUCCCCCUCUCUCUCUCUCCCUUUCUCUCAUUGUAAUAAUAGUUCUCCCUUUGUUUCUCUCUCUUUGAGAUACGCACAUGGAUACAAUUAACGAUUUGGAUUCCAAAUUACCGGUAAAAAAACAAAGGAAACCCCGUUCUUA